AUAUGUGUGGAUAAUAAUUUUUUUUACACAUGAAUAAAUGCAUAGUAAACAACAAAAAAUAUAAUAAUAUUAUUAUGUGCUUACAAAAUCAACAACAAACGCCUAGUGAGUGCUAAAAUUAAAAAAAAAAAACGAAAACAAAAACAAAAAACCAACAACAUACUUUAAUAAAAAAUUUCAUGCAGCAAGCAGCCGAAAAAGGUGCUCAGAGCAGCCAAUAUGGCGCGCAUACGAAACAAAAAAUUAACAAAAAACAACAACAAUAACAACAAAUAAAAAUUUUAAAACGCAAGACAAUUUAGCAAAAGCGAAAAAUUUCUAUGUCAAUCAGGGUCACUGAUUUGUAUGUUAGGUGCAUGGUAAUGUUAUGCUAAGAUAGUGGAGAACAAGAAGAAGCAUACUGUCACACACAUAAAAAAAGAAACAUACAUACAUAUGAAUAUACAUGUAUGUAUAUGUAAACAUUAAAUACGUAAAUGUGUACAAAAUUUAACCAAAGAAUUGUAGUGAAAAUUAAUAUUAAAAAAAAACAACAACAACAAGUGCUAAAACAACAUGAAUGCAACAACACGUCUAAAUUCAGCAAAUAAUUUCGCAAAUUGCAACAACCACAUAGAGUCGAACUUUGGCAGUGCAAAAUCCAGCAGCAACAACAACAUCUACAAACGCAUACCUACAGUAACAACAACAACAAAAACAACACUUUCCUAUAGCGACAACAAUACCAACAACAAUCUGCCGCUACAACAAACCGCCAGCAACGGAAUAGCCGCAGGCCAACAACAACAACAACAACAGCAACGACUGUGUUCACCAGCACCGGCUGAGACGGCGACAAGCCGAGAAUGUUCCAGCGUUGCAUACAGCACGUUGACAACAAUGCGACUGGUGGGGGCCAAGGAGUCGGGCGCGACGGCGGCCGAUGCCGAGGAGGCGAGGACUAAAUUGAUGCCAGCAACGGCAAUUAAAAUCAUCAGCGUCAAUAAUAGCAAGAGCAACAAUAACAAUACUAAAGCGCAUAAGAACUUAAGCAGCAACAAUAAAAACAGUCACAACAACAACAACAACUUGGACAACAACAUCAACAAAUCAACAACGAAAUCGACAGGAACAACUGGUGCCAAAUUAGACUCAUCGAUGUUGAUUAAUGCUCGCAAUCAAUUGUCGACAAUAACAACAACAACGUCUGAACGGCGACAACAACAAGAACAAAUGGGACAACAACAAACUGAACACAUGUUGUCCAUAACAAGGGACCUCAAUCAAAUCAAUUUAAAAUCAUCACUUUACGCCGAACAACAAGCAUACAAUGCCAACAAUAACAACAACAAGCACAAUUGUAGAGGCAACAAUCAGCAGGAGCAGCAGCAACAAAAUAGCUUGAGUACAAACGUCAGUAGCGACAACAACAAUGGUAGUAGUAAUAAUAAGCACAGCAAUGCGGGUAAUAAUAAUAGGCAAAAACAACAACAACAAAUCAUAAAUUGCAACAACAACAACAGCAGUAAGGACUGUGAUCAAGCAAUUGACAAGAACAAAAACACGCACAACAACAGAAGAAUAAUGAAAAAUUACGACAACAACAACAACAACAACAGUAAGGGGAGCAAUGAGCCACAGCCACAACAACAACAACAGCAGCUGAUAACGCUAACAAUAGCGAAAGCUGUGCAAACGGAAACGAACGCGCUGGUCAGUGAGAAAAUAAGCACAACAACGAAAGUAAACACAACUACAACCACAACAACAACAACACCGACACCGACAAUUGAAAGAGCGAAAGCCAAGUCGACAAAGCUUACGCUACGCAAAUCAUUCUCCACACCCGCUUCAUUUAAGAUUGCUGACGUUGCAGCCGCGAUGAGCCAGAGCGGCGGCAGCAUGAUGAUUGCCUACAACAACAACAACAAUAGCAGAGCAAGCGAGAGCUAUAGCAAAAGCGUGAGUAAAGCGUUGCCAAAGUCGGAGCUGUUGAGCGGCAAGAAAAGUGAUAGUGAUGGUGGUGGUGAUGUUGUUGUUGGCGGUGGAGGUCAUGUACGCGGCGCUGCCACAUGCACAAUGCAGCCAGCGACGCAGUCUGCUGUGGCAUCGCCAAAAGUAAACUUUGCACCAUCGCCGGCAAUAAUCACGAAGGCGACACAGCGCGCUAAUGCUUCAAUUGAGGCAAUAACUACAACAGCAAAAACAGCAGCGACAACAAAAACAAGUACAACAACAACAAUAAGCGCAUCACCGCAGCUUGCCACAGUGGAUGUCGCAACGCGUUCGCAGACUGCCGCGCAUGCCUCGCAACAAGACCCACCACAAGAGCGACAGCUGCAGCAACAACAACAACAACUACGGCAACAACAAUACCAGCAGUCAAGCACGAAAUCAGUAAAAGCGAAAGAUAAUGAUAAUCAAGUCAUUUGCGCCAACAAAAGUGUUUCGGAUGAUGGCAAUGUUGUUGUUGUUGCCGACACGACAACCACCUCGUCGCCGUUGCCGCUGUCCCCCGUUAGCUUCGAUUUGGAUUUGCGCUUCGGUUGUGCGCAUUACAAGCGCCGCGCCAUGUUUGUGACACCCUGCUGUAAUAAAUUCUACAAAUGUCGUUUUUGUCAUGAUGAAAAUGAGUCGCAUCAUUUCGAUCGUAAAACAUUAACCGAAUUGAUUUGCUCCGAGUGCAAUACACGACAGAAAGUGCAGGAGCAAUGUGAGGCUUGUGGCACGCGAUUUGGCAAGUACACCUGCCUCAUCUGUAAUCUAUUCGACGACACCGACAAGAAGCAAUAUCACUGUAACGGUUGCGGCAUUUGCCGCAUUGGCGGCGCUGAGAACUUCUUUCAUUGCAAAGUGUGCGACAUGUGCCUGCCGAUUCGAUUGAAGAUCGAUGGACAUCGGUGCGUCGAGAAUAUUUCACGUUCGCAUUGUCCCGUUUGCCUGGGCGACAUACACACAUCACGUAUACCAUGUCACAUACCCGAUUGCGGUCAUCUACUACAUAAGACGUGCUUUGAUCAAUUGCUCAACUCGGGACACUAUACAUGCCCCAUUUGUCAGACAUCGUUAAUUGAUAUGACUGCGCUAUGGGAGUACUUGGAUGCGCAAGCGGUGUCCCUGCCGGUACCAAAGAAAUAUGAGAAUCAACGUAUACAUAUUUUUUGCAACGACUGUCAUAAGACCUCUAAGACCAAAUUCAAUUUUAUCGGUUUGAAAUGUAUGCAAUGCGGCGCUUAUAAUACAACACAGGAUGUCAAGCGACGUAUGUCAUUGGUCACAGAUGAACCUUCAUCAGCAUGACGCUGCACCCAUUUUCCUACUAUAACCUCACAUAUUUUUGCAAGCCAAAUUGCAUCCCUUUUUGUUGGAGUCAACGUUAAACACUGAAACUCUUGCCAUUUUGAGAUUAUGCACUGCUACAGUGAGCGCCGCCGCUGCAAAGGAAUGCUGGUAUGCCAUAAACUGGUGUCUCAAAUCUGUUUACGCUCGCUAAACACAACAUUUCAUUAUAGUGAAGCGUGAAAUAACCGCAACUGGUGCUACUAUGUAAAGUACAUAUGUAUGCACAUACAUAUGCGUUGGAUUAACUGUUGCGGCAUUUGCCGGAAUGUAUGUAAAUGACUCGUCGGUUAAUUCGAGCUGACAUCGAAUACCUGAAUCGAAUUACAACGCAUAAUUUUGAAAAUACACUACUAAAUACAGUAAUAUUAAAUCGCA